AUGGGAUUUUAUAAUAGUGUUCCUCCAAAUGCAACAAUUACUUCAGGAUAUGGUGCUGGAGGAUCUACUGAUAUUCGUUUAGUUGAUGGCCUGUUUUAUGAUUUUGAAUCUCUGAAAAGUCGUAUUAUUGUUUCUGCUUCAGGAGGUUCAUGGGAAUACUAUUAUUCCACACCAGCAUAUGCAGGAGGUUUAUUUUCUAUUAAUACAUCUACAUACUAUUGUCACACUGAAGCUUCUGGCAGUAUCGCUUUUACAUUUAAUGGUGCCAAUCAAACAUCACCUGGUUCCCAAGGAUAUAACGGACCAUAUUAUAAGGAUAUGUGUUUUCCAGGAACAUUUGGAAUUGCGGGAUAUAUUGCUAAUAAGUCUCAAAAUUGGGGAGGUACAGGUGGUAAUGGAUAUUAUGCAGGAUGUUCUACGUGGAGAGGUGGUGGAUCUACAGGAGGUUCAUCAUUCAUUUCUGGACAUCCAGGUUGUGAUGCGAUAUCUAAUGAAUCAUCAUCUUUUGAAAAUAUAAUUCACACUGGCCAACCAAUUCAUUAUAGCAAUUUAUCAUUCUUUAAUACAUUAAUGAUUGGUGGGCAAGGUAAGAUUCCACUUCCAUGGAUUCACAAACAAAUCAGAUCCAAUAUAGAUCGCAAUGAAGAUCUUGAUAAUGAUAAAUAUUACGAGACUGGCCAUCAAGGACACGGCUUUAUAAGAAUAACACUCUUUGAUGAAGCUAUCUUUCUCACAUGUAAAGCUCAAUAUCCAUUUUCUCAAGGUCAUAUUAUUUCCCUUCUAAUUUUUAUUUUAAUUUACUCUAAAUAA